CAUGAUAGCCCACUGAAUACCUUUUUAAAGCUCUGCCGUGACAACAGCAGGUUGAAUAUAAUGAACAAUGUUAAAAAUGGGGAUGCGCAACGACAAAGCUGGGGAAUGAGAAAUCGCCUGGAAAACCGACUGGCUGUAAUUACUGAAUGCCAGUUCUGUCUCAGUUGGCUUUUGAACAAAG